UGGUAUUUCAUUUACGGGUAUGCAUCUAGCUCUCUGUAAUUGGGAUUGAGAUCGAUGAAGAGCGGUCUCUCUAGGACCUGCUGUAUAUAACACUGCCGCACAGCUAGUCAACAAUAUUACUAUGCUGCAGACCAUAGAUUAAUAUCAAAGAAUUAGAGUACAUCUUGCAAACGGACACAUAGACGUUUGGAAUAUAAUAGUCUGUCACAUUUCUCAAGAAGAUAAGGAAUCAAGCAAAGAUGAGGUCAUGACAUCACUUGAUUUGCUUCUCUAAAAGCAAUAUAAAUAUUCCAUCCAGAAAAGACAGUAAAACAGCACAGCAAUGGCGUUCAAGACAGUUUCAAACAUUCCAAAAGACUCCUUUCUGAAUAAACCGCCAGCUCUGUUUGAUUUGAAUGAUUACGUCAGGCAGCAACUACAUCCAUUGGCGGAUGCACAUCAAGAGUGUGAAGAGGCUCUUGAUAUGAUUGUGGAUUACUUGAAGAAAAAAGUGCCUCUGAAAGUUAGACGUGUCCUUAAGUCUGGGGCCCAUCUUCGCGGAGCAGACGUACGGGGCGAGGUGGAGGAAUACCAACUUGUAUUAUUUCUCUAUGACUUCAAAUCAAUGGCUGACUGUCGUUACAAACUCAACGAAAUAUUACAACAGGUAGAAUUUCAUAUGAAAAAGACAAAUUGGAUAGUGGAUGGUAAUUUACUAAUGGAAAAGAACACUGAAUUUUCUGUGAGAUUCACGCUAAGGUGCUCCGAUCACAGAGAUAAAUUCCACAGAAUCUUAAUCUUCCCGUGUCACGAUGUCCUCAAAGGUGACAACCCUACAAAAUUAUAUAAGGAUAGUAUGUACAAAGACAUGAAGACUUUAGACGAGGCGGGGAGGCAGGUUUACUGGCCAGUGGUAUCCCAGUUACAGACUAAAUUCAUCCAGUUCCGUCCGCCAGCACACGCAGUUAACAAUCUCAUCCGACUUGUCAAACACUGGAUUCAUACAUGUUUUAGAGAAGAGACUAAAAAGAAUUUACCCAAUGCCUACGUUAUCGAACUACUCGUUUUGAAUAUCUGGGAAAGGGUUGGAGCGCCCCCUAGCUUCGAUAUGUUGAUUGGAUUUUAUGGUUUUCUUCGGAAACUCAUGAUGCCACAGAUGACGCAAGCUAUAUGGAACCAAAACUACGAUUUCUCAAAAUAUGAACAAUUUACUCCCAAAAAUACAAGGAUCCCUUUUAUCAUCGACCCAGCGUCCCCGUUUGGAAACCUCGCGGCGCGAUAUAUCAAAGGAUGGGAUGACCUUAUCACUGUUGCUAGGGAGUCCCUAAGGAAACCGUUACUAUGGGGUAUGGAAGAGAAACGGUUGUGGCAGGUAAAUCCACCAGAUGAACCGGAAGACGAUAAAGAAGAUGAUAAGGGAAAGGAAAACAAAAAGAAAAACGAUAAGGAUAAAAAGAAAAAGAAGUAGUUGAUGCUUUUAUCAUAAAUAAUGAAAUACUAUUAUAGGAGCUAUAUCAUACUAUUAGUACAGUGACUAGAAAUGGAAUAACAUUUAUUUAGACGUAUUUUUGUAACAAAGAUAGCUCUUCAAAUACUUAACCACAAGUAGUUUGAAGUCGACAGUCAACUAUAAUGUUGACUAAACUGACGUUUACAAAUAUGUUUUUAAUGAAUGAUAACAAGGAUUUAAAAUAUUAAAACCUGAAAAUAGCAGUUUAAUCUUUGAAUCAUCUCAUAGUGUAUUAAUAUAAUGUUGACAAUGUUCCUAAAUGAAUGGAGGAAAUUGAAGAACAAGCCUUUUUUGUAGUUCCUGUAUAUUCAAAAUGAGUGCAUUAUCCAUUGUGUCAUCCCGUGUCAGUAGAUUAUUAUCAUUUUGUAAUAAUAUAUAGACAUCAGUUAAAUCUAAAUAACGUAGCGUACAUCGGUUAAAUUUCAAAUAACGUUUCGGUAGAUAAUAAUAAAUACUAGAAAAUACAUGAAAUAAUUAAACUUUAUAUUCUCA